CGGCGGCAGCGGCACGGCGGCGCCGGCAUUGUCCUAACUUGCACGCGCGGAGUGACCCCAGACAUUUCACUAAAAUGAGCGUGCUUAGCAGGAAGAGAUGUGUUCCUUACACUAUUCACCCCGUCACAUGUAGUGGUGUCCCAAUUAAUGGAUUCUGACAUGGAUUAUGAAAGGCCAAACGUAGAGACCAUCAAGUGCGUUGUGGUGGGGGACAACGCUGUGGGCAAGACCAGGCUCAUCUGUGCCCGGGCCUGCAAUGCCACCCUCACUCAAUACCAGCUGCUCGCCACUCACGUGCCCACAGUUUGGGCCAUCGACCAGUAUCGGGUGUGCCAGGAGGUGUUGGAACGCUCGAGGGAUGUGGUAGAUGAUGUCAGCGUCUCCCUCCGCCUCUGGGACACUUUUGGAGACCACCACAAGGACCGUCGCUUUGCUUAUGGGAGGUCCGAUGUGGUGGUUCUGUGCUUCUCCAUUGCCAACCCCAAUUCCCUCCACCAUGUCAAGACCAUGUGGUACCCAGAGAUCAAGCACUUCUGCCCCCGAGCACCUGUCAUCUUGGUGGGCUGCCAGCUGGACCUGCGCUAUGCUGACCUGGAGGCUGUCAAUAGGGCCAGGCGGCCCUUGGCGAGGCCCAUUAAACCCAAUGAGAUCCUUCCCCCGGAGAAGGGUCGGGAGGUGGCCAAGGAGCUGGGCAUCCCCUACUAUGAGACCAGUGUGGUGGCCCAGUUCGGCAUCAAGGACGUCUUUGACAACGCCAUCCGCGCGGCACUCAUCUCCCGCCGCCACCUGCAGUUCUGGAAGUCCCACCUCCGCAACGUGCAGCGGCCUCUGCUGCAGGCGCCCUUCCUGCCCCCCAAGCCCCCACCGCCCAUCAUCGUGGUGCCCGACCCCCCCUCUAGCAGUGAGGAGUGCCCCGCCCACCUCCUGGAGGACCCGCUGUGCGCGGAUGUCAUCCUGGUGCUGCAGGAGCGGGUGCGCAUCUUUGCCCACAAAAUCUACCUCUCCACCUCCUCCUCCAAGUUCUACGACCUGUUCCUCAUGGACCUGAGUGAGGGGGAGCUGGGGGGCCCCUCGGGGACAGGGGUCCCCCGCCCGGAGGACCACCGGGCUCACCCUGAUCACCAUCACCAUCACCACCAUCACCACCACGGCCGGGACUUCCUGCUUCGGGCCGCCAGCUUUGACGUGUGUGAGAGCGUGGAGGAGGGCGGGGGCUCCGGUCCCGCUGGGCUCCGGGCCUCAACCAGCGACGGGAUCUUGCGGGGCAAUGGAACAGGGUACCUGCCCGGGCGGGGUCGCGUGCUGUCUUCCUGGAGCCGAGCUUUUGUGAGCAUCCAGGAGGAGAUGGCAGAAGAUCCACUGACCUACAAAUCCAGACUGAUGGUGGUGGUCAAAAUGGACAACUCCAUCCAGCCGGGGCCCUUCCGGGCUGUUCUCAAGUACCUGUACACAGGGGAGCUGGACGAGAAUGAGCGGGACCUCAUGCAUAUUGCCCACAUUGCUGAGCUGCUCGAGGUCUUUGAUCUGCGCAUGAUGGUAGCCAAUAUUCUCAACAACGAGGCCUUCAUGAACCAGGAGAUCACCAAGGCCUUCCACGUCCGCCGGACCAACCGGGUUAAGGAGUGCUUGGCAAAGGGCACCUUCUCAGAUGUGACCUUCAUCCUGGAUGAUGGCACCAUCAGUGCCCACAAGCCCCUAUUGAUUUCCAGCUGUGACUGGAUGGCUGCCAUGUUUGGGGGGCCGUUUGUGGAGAGUUCCACCAGGGAGGUGGUGUUUCCUUACACUAGUAAGAGCUGCAUGCGGGCAGUGCUGGAGUACCUGUACACAGGCAUGUUCACCUCCAGCCCUGACCUGGAUGACAUGAAGCUCAUCAUCCUGGCCAACCGCCUCUGCCUGCCGCACCUGGUUGCCCUCACAGAGCAGUACACCGUGACCGGGCUGAUGGAAGCAACUCAGAUGAUGGUGGACAUCGAUGGGGACGUCCUUGUGUUCCUGGAACUGGCUCAGUUCCACUGCGCGUACCAGUUGGCGGACUGGUGUCUCCACCACAUCUGCACCAACUACAACAACGUGUGCCGCAAGUUCCCCCGAGACAUGAAAGCCAUGUCCCCAGAAAACCAGGACUAUUUUGAGAAGCACCGGUGGCCACCUGUGUGGUACCUGAAGGAGGAAGAUCACUACCAGCGGGCACGGAAGGAGCGUGAGAAGGAGGACUACCUGCACCUGAAGCGGCAGCCCAAGCGGCGCUGGCUGUUCUGGAACAGCCCCUCCUCGCCGGCCUCUUCCGCCGCCUCCUCGUCUUCCCCCUCUUCCUCCUCGGCUGUGGUCUGAGAUGCUGCCACCCUCGUCUGACCCUGCUGCUAUUGUGCCCACCUGUCCUUGCCCCUCUGCUCUCUGCAUCGCCCUCUCCACCUUCCAGGGACAAGGGGACCCACGUAACCAGGACCAUAAGGGUGGAGCUGUUCUCACCAGCCAACAUAGCUCUCAGCGAGAGAGACGCUGGGCCUUGUGGAUCAGAACCGGGAUCCCUUGAGAGGUCUCCCCUUCUGAAGCAGGGCAGGGGACAGCUGCUGGGAGGUGGGGAAAAGGAAGGAGCUGAGAGUGCUGGCAUCUUGUCUCUGGGUUGGAGAACCGUAGAAUCAAAGGGAAAACUCUUCCAGCGAUGAGAGAGUUGUGGUCUGUGGAGGCAGCCCCCUCCCAGCGAGUGGCAGUGCGUAGGGAGGUUCCUGCCUCUACUGGCUGUGUUUUUCCACCAGUGGACUUGAGGGUUGCAAAUGUGUUGUGGGCAUUUCCAUAUGGAGCCCACUCAAAUCCUCACUGGAGAAGUCAGGGUAGACAUUAAGCCUUCCGCGCCCAGCUCAAGGCUUCCACAUCCUGGGUGCAGCUGCCAGAGGCCACAGAUGCGGAGGCUUGCACUCCGCUGGCAUGCCUCCCAGGGCAUGGUAAAGGGUGGUGGAGUUUGUGCAGAGCUCCAAGCCUAGAAGCAGUGCCUCUUGGUGCAGUGAGAAACUCCUCCCUCCGCCCUCCUUCACCACUCUGAGAUGGAGACCAGAGAAAACAGCUGAAAGGGGGGAGGGAGAGAAGGAAGCGGGUGAUGGGGAUCUGGGCGCAGCAAUCCCGUGCUCCUCUGGGCUCCCCCCAGCGUCUAGUUAGCACAGCUUCUUAUGGGGUGGGACAAAAUUAGCAAAAAAACAAACACACAAACAAGAGCAACAAAAUCACCACCAACAAAAACACCCUAGCCUCUAUCCCCUCAAAGGAUGGAAAAAGACCGUGUAUGGCUUACAUUUCUAUAAAACAAAACAGGGGCCCCCACGUUGAAAGCCCCCAAAGUUUAGGUUGUAACAUGGAUUCCAGUGCCUGUCAGGAAAGGACACUGUCCCCUGCUGUGACUGAGGAUGCCUUGGCUUGCUGGCUGCCCCUGAGGGGCACCGUAAGUCCCAUGCCUUCAGCAUGCUGGGAUUGAGGUUUGGGGUUGGUGCAUGGGGAGGAGGGGGUGGCUUCAAGGUUCACACAUGACAUUAGACGCUUUCGCCCAUAAAGAGAAUCAGGUUAUCCUUAUCUUUAGAGGUGACCCCCCAGGAUGCGAAUGUUUUCGAGGGAGGAUUGGGGCAGGGGUCAAGAGUCAGGAAAAAGGGUGCUUGCUGACUUGGGAAUAGGAAUCUCAGUAAUGAGGGAUCACAGGACAGGACCUUACUUAGUGCUGGUUUGGGAGAAAAGAGAAUUGAGCGGGAGCAGCACUAAGCUCAGUCCAGAGAAGAGGCGGGAUGAGACAGGGAGGAGGACAGCAGCUUGCAGCCCCGUGGGGAAAAGCUGGGCCACACUGGACCCUCUCCCCGUUUUCUAAUCUGGAUCAUAUUUUACCCCGGUACCCUUUUUAGACUUAAAAGACAGAGUCCCUCUGAUGAGGGUGGAGAUCCUGAGCACCUGGGCUGAGAGCUGGGGAGUCACCUGGCUGAGAAAGAUGCUUUAGGUUCCAGGGCCCUGGGGUGGGUUUCACCACCGAGUCAGGUUUUGGGUCUGGGAGAGCACAAACCCAGAAACAAAGGAAACCUCUGUAACAACUUAGUGGUGCCAAGACCUAGAGAGUUGAGGUUAAGUCCUCAUCAAGAGAAGGAGCAGGAGGUGGAAGGUCGAAUGGCUGUGACCUUCGUUGUCUGAGCCCCAGACUUCUCCAAGGCUGUGGCUGCCUCCCAAGUCCUAUGCGUGGCUACUCAGGAGCCAGAUGUGUGCUGCCCUCUACUGGCUGGUCGGCCUCCCUGUACUGAGCUCAGUCUCUGGCUUCAGGGGAGGCUAGGGAGCAAUGGGCUGGGCAAAAGGGGAGCCCCAAAGGGGGGAGCAGCUCUGUCCCAGCACCUUUGCUCUGGGGAAGGAGGCAGGGGGAGCCAUGGGGCCUCUCAGGAACUCUAUGUGAGGGAGAGCAGGGGCCCAACGUCCAAAGCGAGGAGAAAUAUGUGUCCAUGAGCUUGCAGGGCUGAGCCAUCUGCCCACAGAUGAGGAUGCAGAAAAUGCCAUUGGGGAGAGAGAAUGAAGGUGACCCAGGAGGUGCGGGAAGCCCACAGGAGAGGGGCCACAGAUCGAUCCCAGUUACCAGGGCCAGCUCACCCCUCAGGAACCCAAAGCCCCUUCCCAACUGCUCUGUCAGAGCUGGUCUGCACCAUGCAGGAGCCCCGCAGGCCCAGGUGCAACCCAGACACCAGCUAGGGAGGCCGUGGGGGAGCCAGCCAGGGCUGGGUCCCUCUCCUUGGGGGAAGGAAAGGGAGGGCGGAGGGGCUGAAAUUCCAGUUCCCCCUGAACCUGCACCUGGAAAUCCAGAGUCAGGGUGGGAGACCCACAAUGUGUGGCAAGCCUGAAGGCAUCAAGGGGGAACGGAAGGAGGGAGUCCCACAUACCUGUACUCCUCAUGUCACUCAGAGCUGCUCCAGAGAAGGGGAAGAUAGGGAGGGGAUUAAAAAAACCACCUCUUUUUAUAUAAGGUUUCAUAUUUAAUUUGGUCAUGAAUUCAUAAAUACAUGAGUAUUUUGUACCUAAUGGCCUUCCUUGUAGUGUUUGAAAUUUCCAACAAGCUCUUCAAAAGUGGGACCUUCCACUGGAGAGAAGCAUGAAAAGAUACUCAAUCACUAAUGAAACAUUAAGGGCCUAUCGUGUGCCAGGUGCUAUUUGGACUGGAUAUAAAACAAACCAAAAAGA